AUGGCAUCAGGAACCAGAGAGUGAAUAAAGAUGGCGCACACUCAGCGACUGUCAACAAUAUUUACACUUUUACCCACUAACCUUUGUAAUACACAUCCUAAUACUCCCUCAAAUUCUCUACGAUUGCGGUUUUCAACGAUUAGGGCAGAUGUCUCCCUCGAAGAACACCCUUUCCCCCCAAACGCCAUGCGAAGGAAGCUUGAUUCGAGUUGGAUGGGUGGAUUUAGUCUAGGAAUUGAUCUGGGUUUAUCUCGUACCGGCCUUGCUCUUAGCAAAGGCUUCUCGGUUCGUCCCCUCAAGGUUCUGGAAUUAAGAGGCCAAAAGCUUGAGAUGGGUCUGCUUGAAAUUGCUCAAAAACAGGAGGUAGACGAGUUUAUUAUCGGGCUGCCUAUUUCAUCAGAUGGAAAAGAAACGCCACAAUCCAAUAAAGUUCGUAGUGUUGCUGGUAGGAUCGCCAUUCGAGCUGCAGAGAGGGGUUGGAGAGUAUACUUGCAGGACGAACACGGAACAUCAACAGAUGCAAUGAACCGCAUGAUUAACAUGGGACUCGGCAAAUCUGCUCGAAAAGAAAGCCUUGAUGCUUAUGCAGCCAUGAUGGUGUUGGAGAGGUAUUUCUCAGAAUCAGGCCAGGGAACUGAAAUGGUUUUGCCUAAGCAAUUGGAUCUCCAAGAAAAGCUUCGAAAAGGCCCGCCAUCGGAUUUCUUUUAAGAUGGUGUAGUCUCGGCCUUGUUUCAAGGAUUUCACUUUCCAUCGUUAAUUUGUGGGUCAUGCGACCCGCAAAAUGAGAUGGGCUAGAUGGAUGAACGUUUGUUCACAAGUGUUGGCGCCACACUUCCAACGAUUAAAGAAAUCUGGAUUCCAGCUGGUGGUUCGAGAGCCAGAACUAUGUCAACAGUUCCUGUUUCAUCAAGUUGUACCUUGUGCUGGUUUUAUUGGACAUUUUAUGUGGUAGUUAUGAAUAAACAAUAUAUGUGAAACAUCAUAAAGUAUUUACAUAUCAUUUCUUUCUCUA